CGCAUGGGUACGGUCUGGAUGAAUCCAGCCAUGUAUGGCAAUGGUGUAAAGCUCCAUAGAAUCUCUCUCCUCACAGUUAAAGCACAAGCUCAGAUUUAGCUCCCCAAAAGACUUUUUCUUCUCUCUUCGACUCCAUCUUUUCUAUCUCCGGCCUGUCGCUGCCAGGAAACAUCUCCGGCGAGUGUUCCGGCCAACUUCCUGUGGAGAUAGAAUCGGCAAGGCUUUGAGCGGGGCUUUGCGGAUUUUAUGGGCAAAGCAGCGUAGUAAAAGGUAAGGUGGUUUGGACACUAGAAGCUAGUUCGGGUUUUGUGAGAAUGGGCUGACUCAGUGAGUCCUGCUCUGGCUGGGAUCACAAAAUGUCUUUUCAGCACAAAAGCAUUUGGACUCCCAGAGAUGCUGGGUGUCUAACGGAUGGAGAGAUGGGCUGCGAUAAUUCCUCCAGAAUUGAACCGAAGCGGGGUCAUCAGUGGUUUAUGGAUGCUGGUGGACCAGAUCUAUUCAAUAACAAGAAGCAGGCUUUAGAAGCUCUGAAUGGAAGACAAGUUUCAGGAGUUGCACAAAUGAAUGUUUUUCCAUGGGAUAACAAUUCUGGAUUCCAGUCUGUUCCGGGGCAGUUCACUGACCGCCUAUUUGGAUCUGAGCCUUUACGGACUGUCAAUCUUGUUGAUAGAAAUAUUCCUUCCGUUGAAAGUGGAAGUAUGGAUAUGGGAAUAAAAGUUUUUGAGAAUCAGUAUGGAAAAGAUCCUUCAGUGAGUUUAUCCAGGUCUCAUGCCAUUGAAGAUCCAGCAUCAUGUCUAAAUUUCGGUGGAAUAAGGAAAGUCAGAGUCAAUGAAGUUAACUCUGAGAAUGGCAUGUCUGAAUCUUUGGGACACUCUUACAGCAGGGCUGAUAACACUGGCAUUUCUAUGAGUGCCUCCUAUAAUAAGAAUGACGAAAAUGUCAUAUCAUUGGAGGCUGCAUACAGUAAUGGCAAUGAGAAUACUAACUCAAUUGGUCCCAGCUUCAGUAAGGUAGAUAACAAUUUCAUGUCAAUUGGGCGCACCUUCAAUAAAGGGGAUGGCAACUUCAUAACAAUCGGUCACAAGUAUGGCAAGACAGAUAAUAGCAUGUUAUCCAUGGGUCAGCCAUUUGAUAAGGGUGAUGGAAAUUUUAUAUCCAUGGGCCAGUCAUAUGAAAAGGGAGAUGCAAGUGUCAUGUCAUUGGGUGUCUCCUAUGCCAAGGGGCAUGAAAAUUUCAUUACAGUGGGCCCAACGUAUAGUAAAACCGACGAGAAUUUUAUGUCAAUGGCUCCUUCCUACAAUAAGGGGAAUAAUCACAUAAUAUCAAUGGGUCCUACCUAUGACAAAGCAGAUUCCAACAUUGUAUCAAUGGGUACUUCCUAUGUCAAAGGGCAUUCCAAUGCUUUAUCUAUGGGUCACAACUUCAAUAAAGGUGAGAGCAGUACCAUAUCUUUUGGUGGUCUUUGUGAUGAACCUGAGACAAAUCCCCCGGGCGGGAUGAUUAGUAGCUAUGAUUUGUUUAUGGGUACUCAGAACUCAGCUCAAGCUUCAGAAAUACCAGGCCAGAAGGAUCUGGUUGAGUCCAAUGGUGAACCAGUUGUAAAUGAUGCUCCGGAACCUACUUCUAAACCUGAUGCCAACCCAAGGUAUAAGGAGCCAAAAACAACUAAGAAGGCUCCUCCAAACAACUUCCCUUCAAAUGUCAAAAGUUUGUUAUCAACUGGUAUGUAUGACGGGGUCCCUGUGAAGUAUGUUUCCUGGUCGCGAGAGAAAAAUCUUAAAGGACUUAUAAAGGGAACUGGGUAUUUGUGUUCCUGCGACAACUGUAAUCUCUCCAAGUCUCUUAAUGCUUAUGAGUUUGAGCGUCAUGCUGGUUGCAAGACCAAACACCCAAAUAAUCAUAUUUACUUUGAGAAUGGAAAGACCAUCUAUGCUGUUGUUCAAGAGCUGAAGAGCACUUCUCAGGAGAUUCUGUUUGAUGCUAUUCAAAAUGUGACGGGUUCUCCAAUUAAUCAGAAGAAUUUCCGGAUCUGGAAAGCAUCAUAUCAAGCUGCCACCCGUGAACUUCAGCGUAUCUAUGGAAAGGAUGAGGUUAUCAUGCCAUGCUGAGAUGAAAAUCCUUGCUUUCUGACGAUUUUGAGGUUGGUGAAUAUGUGAUCUGUGCAUAGCAGCAUAUAACUUAUAGAACAUAUAGGCUCCGUUUGGGAUUUAAUAGUUUGGGCUGAUGGGUGUUUAUAAAUAUAAUGGAUUUUCUAUUUUAUCUAGCUGGAAAUCUUAAUUUAAUCAUUUUAUUUUUGGAUUUAGCAAUUUUGGAUGUGUGAUUGAAGCACCAAGGGUGCCUUUCCCUGUGUGAGUCAUGGUCGCAAAAGAUUCUCUCUUUGAGCAAUGAGGUAGUUAGGUGCUUUGGUCUAAGUUGUGCUAUUAGGCCCUUUUGGAAGUGAUAGAAAAUCAGAAGCAUGUAACUGCAGAUGGUGGAAAGGUAAAACUUUUGGGAACAUGCAUACUUGUGAAAUGUGCAAGAUUGGACCAAUCAUCUGGUGUUUUUUGCUCAUUGAAGAUUGGGAGCAAUCCUGACUGCAUUUUCUUAUUAUAGAUUGAAAAGGUGCACUUCCCAUCUGGCCAAAUUAAGCUCAAGUUUACUGCUUUUAUUCUUUAACGGCCAAUAUAUUGAUUAUAUUCAAUAAAUGACCAGGUUGAGGUGGUUUUGGCCCAAACCUAUACUUUGGCUAUUAUAGGACCCAAAGUAAAAUAGUGUUUCUUUUUGUUGCCUGUUGAAUAGUGAAGUUCAUUCGAUCUCAGGUCUAGUAUUGUUUGUCUUGAUUGGUUUAUAAUCAGUUUCUCUAGGGUUGUACUCUCCAAGUUUUUUGGUCAGCAAGACGUUACCUGCCUGGUUUUAGCGUCAGUAGUGUUGUCUGCAGUUGCUUCAUUGUGAAGAGUCCGCUUUGUUUUCUUUUGUUUGGUACUUUCUCAAAUUAUGUGGAAGAGUCUGAGAAAUCCCUGUAUUUAAAUCAAACGCCUGAUAAAAUUGUUGUAAUUCUCGUCUUUGACGUAUGGAGCUUUGAGUGAGAGCAAAUGUAAAGGGUCAUCCUCGUCCUUGAUGUAUUACUUCUCUCUAUUAAUUGGAAAGAAAUAUUUUUUGGAUAGCA